AGGUGGCCCACCUGCCCCUUUGCUUGCUUUGACAUAAAAAAAAACCUCCUUGAUGCAUUCCAUUCCAAAAUUGUCUCUUAUCUCUGAUGUAUGAAUAUAUGAAUGCGGAAUAUACAAUAGAGCGCAGCUUCAUCCAUUCAGGGUUCACCCCUAGAAUAUAUAUAGAGCGCAGCUUCAUCCAUUCAGGGUUCACCCCUAGAAUAUACAUAGAGCGCAGCUUCAUCCAUUCAGGGUUCACCCCUAGAAUAUACAUAGAGCGCAGCUUCAUCCAUUCAGGGUUCACCCCUAGAAUAUACAUAGAGCGCAGCUUCAUCCAUUCAGGGUUCACCCCUAGAAUAUACAUAGAGCGCAGCUUCAUCCAUUCAGGGUUCACCCCUAGAAUAUACAUAGAGCGCAGCUUCAUCCAUUCAGGGUUCACCCCUAGAAUAUACAUAGAGCGCAGCUUCAUCCAUUCAGGGUUCACCCCUAGAAUAUACAUAGAGCGCAGCUUCAUCCAUUCAGGGUUCACCCCUAGAAUAUACAUAGAGCGCAGCUUCAUCCAUUCAGGGUUCACCCCUAGAAUAUACAUAGAGCGCAGCUUCAUCCAUUCAGGGUUCACCCCUAGAAUAUACAUAGAGCGCAGCUUCAUCCAUUCAGGGUUCACCCCUAGAAUAUACAUAGAGCGCAGCUUCAUCCAUUCAGGGUUCACCCCUAGAAUAUACAUAGAGCGCAGCUUCAUCCAUUCAGGGUUCACCCCUAGAAUAUACAUAGAGCGCAGCUUCAUCCAUUCAGGGUUCACCCCUAGAAUAUACAUAGAGCGCAGCUUCAUCCAUUCAGGGUUCACCCCUAGAAUAUACAUAGAGCGCAGCUUCAUCCAUUCAGGGUUCACCCCUAGAAUAUAUAUAGAGCGCAGCUUCAUCCAUUCAGGGUUCACCCCUAGAAUCCUGUUGAAUUGAUACUUUCUUACCGGAUGCCUACAACAUAAGUGACUAUCUCAAGAGAAUUAGAGAUCAAUUCAUGCCAAAUUUCCGGAAAUAAAAUGCAGUCCUACAAAUUUUCAAAAUCUGAAUUA